AGGUACCUAUUAAUCAAAUUAGAAGUAAAAAAUUCUCUGAAGAAAUUUCAAAUCAAAGAGAAAAUGUAAAAGAUAACAACAAUUAUAAAUUGAUCACAUACAAACACGUUACAGAAGUAACCGUUAAACGCCAACAAUUUAAAAUAACAAAAACAAAACUGAAUUUCAUUUCAACGGUUUGUUCUUUUUUCUCUGAGCUUAUCUGGAGUGGAGACAAAAAUUCAUUAGAACACUCACAAGUCAUUGCAAAAUAUGGCUUUGCAACAGCAACAGGAGACGGAAAAAUUAGUUGGCGAAAUGUUGAACUUUUUGGAAAGCAACAAGCAGUGAGGACGAGUUGGAUUUGGAGGAGCAGUCUAAACAAGCCAGUGAUUUGAUAGAACAAAAGGAGUCUACGUUUCCGAUGGAAGUAAAUGAAAAAGUGGAAAUAAAAAGAAGUGCUUCUGCUCCAAAAGAUGUAGAGGAAAUCCCACAGAAUUCUAAGCUACCCAUAUGGAAUACCAGAGAGAUUGUUACAAAUCUCAAGAAAACCCAGUCGUUGUCUUUGUCUCCGUUCCAAGAGAAUGCAGGUGUAAAACAACAAUCCAUUUGGCGACCUAAAUUUCUAAAUCAUGUGGACAAAACAACAUCGCCUUUGAGUUUAACUACCGAUACCAAUAACAAUGCCAUUCCAAAGAAAUUCUCAACGGCCAACUGUAAUGAUGUUUAUUCUCAAGAAAUACGCAAAGCCCUAUAUGUCGACAUAAGUGAUCAUCCAUUAGCAGGUUCCAAGGAAUAUUAUGAUGCUGCUCAAAAUUAUGCGAUUUAUGGUAAAGAUUUUCUAGAUUUCCCAUUGGAUCUAACAACAGUGAUGGGUAAAAAAUCAACAGCUGGUAGGGAUAUGGGAACAUAUUCAACUACCUCAGCUAUGGGACAAUCAUUAGCAGUUGGUGGUGGGUACAGUUUAAGUGACAGCGCCAACCACCAAAUGGAAGCACACAAUUUUGGGAAAUCUCAGAUCAACACUUCCAUGUCCGGUUAUGGUAUUUCUACAACAACUAGCCCUGCUGCUGCCACUUUAAAUUCCACAGCAGCAACCUUUUAUCAAUUGGGUAGUUGUAUUACAUCCCAGGUUCGGCCGGUAACUAGCGCCAGCGCCAGUAACAGUUCACCAACUGCUCUUGGAGCUGCUACCUAUGGUAUGUUCAUGGGAAACAAGGUAACAUAUGUCCCAACAGCAACUGCCACCAGUGGUGCAUCCACCAUGCUAUACAAUCAACAUCCAUCACAUGGUUCCACAAAUUUCAUAUCAAACAGUUUAGCCAAUGCUGCAUUGACCGCAUCGCCCGCCAUACUAUAUUCGAAUCCGAUGUUAACCUCCGCAGCUCAGCAUUAUUUGAAUGCCUUCAUCAAAGAAACACAUAUGAUGAAUAAUGCCAAUAACAGUGGAAAUCCGUCGCAGAUUUCCAGUUCAACAAUUUAUGAACGCCUGGUGUAUGCACAAAUGCUACAACAACAAAUUUAUCAUCAAAGUCAACAGCAACAACAGGCUGCUAUGGUAGGUGCCAUGUUACACAAACAACGAGUUAAUGCUGCCGCCAUAGCUGCAGCGGCAAAUGCAGCACGCCACACUGCAACAGCAGGAACUAAUCAAGGCCAAAGUGGCAUACAAUCAGUUUCAAAUUCAACAGCUAGUGGAACAUCUUCAAGCUUAAAUACCUGCAGUCGUCAAGCUUCUGCCGCUGCAAAUACAACACAUCUGCCAACUCAAACUGCUGUUAAAGCCAGUAUCAGCGAAGAGUCUUCGAGUAUGUCAAAGGAUCAAUAAACAUUUUAGGAACUUAAAUCACUAUUGUUUUUGUAAUUUUGUAUGUUAUCGUUGUUCUUUCGUUAUUUAAUUUCUGUUGUUAUUAGUGAUUCAUUUGAAAAUUGAAAUACAUGUUAAUAAUAUAUA